AUGGAUAAAGAAACGUUAUUAAAAGCGUUAUCAGGAACGCUUGAUGCUUCCAAUUAUCAAUUACGUAAGGAAAGUGAACAACAGUUGAAGGUUUACGAACAACAACCGGGAUUCACUGCUUAUUUGUUGGAAUUAUGUAACGAUGAUUCGAUUUCACCAGGUAUUCAAAUAAGUGCUGCUAUCUUAUUUAAAAAUCGUAUUAAUAACUAUUGGAUCAUUAAUGAUAAUAAAUAUUUACCUAUAAGUAUCAAAGAAGAUGAAAAACAUUUGAUUAAGAAUAAAUUAAUUGAAACAUUAAUCAAAACUAACAAGAAUAAUAAGAUCAAGUUACAAUUAUCUACAGCUAUAAAUCAAAUUGUUAACUUAGAGAAAUGGGAUGAGUUGAUUGAAAUCAUCAAGAAAUUAAUUAUCAGUGAUGAUAUUGAUCAUAUUAAUGCUGGGUUAAUUUGUUUAUACCAAUAUACCAAAGCUUAUAGAUUUUCACAUUUAGAAGGAGCUAAUUCAUCAAAUCCAAUCUUGGAAGAAAUAACUGUUGAAACUUUCCCAUCAUUAGAGAAUUUAUUAAGCAACUUAUUGAACAAUGAUUCCCCAGUUACUGAUGAAAUGAUGUAUUUGAUCACUAAGAUCUUCAAAUUUACAACAUUCUCAUCAUUACCAUCAUAUUUACAGAAUGAUGAAAAUUUAAGUAAAUGGUGUAAUUAUCAAAUCAUGUUGAUCAAUAAACCAUUACCUGAUUAUGUUAUGAAAGUCCAAGAAGAUGAAAGAAUGACACUUUUCAGAAUCAAAGCAGUAAAAUGGUGUUUCGGUAAUUUACAUAGAUUUUUGAGCAGACAUGGUGGUGGUUUUGCAACAAGAGAUAAAUCAGAAAAUCAGUUUUCAAAGAAUUUCUUAAAGACAUUUGUUCCUGAAAUCUUGAAGGUUUAUUGGACAAUUAUUGAAAAUUGGUCAGUGAAAAAAAUUUGGUUGUCAGAAAGUUCUUUAUAUCACAUGAUUUCAUUCUUGGAACAAUUGAUCGAAAAUGAAGGUUGGAAUUUGAUUUCUAAUGAAAUGAAUGCUAUCUUAAGUCAUGUUAUCUUACCAACUUUAAGUGCCAAUGAUGAAACAAUCGAAUUAUAUGAAGACGAUCCUGAAGAAUAUUAUAGAAGAUUUUUCGAUAUUAAUAGAGAAAGUAAUAAUUCAGAUGUUGCAUCUAUAAGUUUUGUUUAUAGAUUAUCAUCAAAAAAAUUCGAUGAAUCAAGUAAUUUAUUGCUAUCAUUGAUAAAUGAUAUUUUCAAUCAAAGAGCCAAAGAUAAGAAUGAUAUCAGUAUUGCUAAGAAAGUUGAAGGAGCUUUCAGAAUUUUAUCAACAAUUUCUUAUAAAUUAGAUAAGAAGAAAUCACCAGUUCAUGAUCAAGUUGAUCAAUUGUUAUAUACUUUUGUUUAUCCUGAAUUAUUAGAUGAAACCAUUUCAAAAUUCCCAUUCUUAACUGCUAGAGCUUGUGAUACUAUUGCUAUGUUCAUUUAUAGUUAUAAAGAUACUAAAGUUUUACAAGAUAUUUUCACUGGAGUUGUCAAUUGUUUCCAAAAACAAGAUCAUUUACCAAUAAGAUUAACAGCUGUUGAUGCUUUAAGAACUUUAGUUGAUAAUGAUGCUGUUGCUGAACACAUAUCACCUCAAGUACCUCAAUUAAUGGGGACAUUGAUUGAAAUGUCUAAAACAAUUGAAAGUGAUACUUUAACAAGUAUUAUGGAAUCGUUCGUUGAAAAAUUUGCUACAAGUUUAGAACCUUAUGCUGUUGAUUUAUGUAGUAAAUUAUCAGAACAAUUCUUAAGAUUGGCCCAUGAAUUAUUAGAAAUGCAAAGUUCAAAUUCUGGUGGUACUGACAUGGAUAAAGAAUAUCAAGCAAGUGGUAUUAUCAACACUAUCACUACUUUAGUUGUUGCUAUGUCAACAAGUCCUUCAGUAGCUUCAAGCUUAGAACCUGGUUUGAAAGAUUUAAUCACUUUUGUUAUUCAAAAUGCUCAAGUUGCUUUCUUACCAGAAACUAUGGAAAUUUUAGAAAGUUUAGUCGUUACCAAUCAAAAUGUUUCCCCUAUUAUUUGGGAAUGUUAUUCAUUAGUUAUGGAAGCUUUCGAUACUUAUGCUGAUGAAUUCUUUGAUAAUUUUGAAGCUUUCUUCGAUGCUAUUAUUUGCUACGGUUUCAAUAAUAGAAAUAUUGGUAUUGAUAACCAAUACGUUCAAUCAUUAAUCACUGUCUGUUUCAAAAUUUUAAAGAGUGAUGCUGUUGAUCCAGUUUUUGCAAAUUCUUCUUUUGAAGUGUUAGAAUUGAUCAUUAUUGGUUUAGGUGAUAGAUUCAAACCAUUUUUAACUAGAUUUUUAACCGAAAUUUAUGGUAUUUUCAUCGAAUUAAAGAAUCAAGAUGCCUUUGAUGGUUAUAUGUUACAUUAUUUAUCAAUUAUAAGGACAUUCUUUAGUACUUUAAUUGUUGAUCCAAAUACUACUUUAGAAUUUUUAAAUCAACAAAACUUUACCAAUAAUUUCUUCAAAUUAUGGAUUGAACAUUCAUCAGAUUUCCAAAGUGUUUACGGAUGUAAAUUACAAAUCUUAACAUCAUUAUCCAUCUUAUGUGAUGGUAACUUAACUUUAAUCAAUGGAGAUUUGGUUGGUGAAUUGAUUGAUUUAUUAAUUUCAAAUGUUGAAGUAUUACCAGUAGCUAUAAAAACCAAACAAGAAUUACAAAAUAGAGAAUAUGGAGUUAAAUUUAAUGAUGACGAAGAUGAAAAUUACUUGGAUGAAGAAUUUGAAGUUGAUGAUGCUGAAUUAGAAGCUAUGAAAAUUACUCCAAUUGAUGGAGUUAAUGUAUUUGAAGCUUUUGUUAAUAAAAUCACUGGUUUACAACAACAAAACCCAACUGUUUAUCAAGAAUUUAUUUCGAGAUUAGAUCCUGAUCAACAAAACAUUGUUAAUAGUGUUUUCCAAACUCACAGUACUGUUCGUGGUAAUUAA